ACGCACCGCUCUCCUACCUGAGCCGGGCUCGGCGCUGGCGAUACCCCAACGAGCCUAACAGGCCGCGGUGCAGCCGCCCCGGAAGAUGGAAGAGAAAAGAAUGCCGUGCGACUGCUUGGAAGUGGAGAACCUUACCAGUUCAAAAGAGGAGAGGAUUGAAGGUGAUUUGAAGACAUUUUGGACACAAUUGGGAGGUAGAAGAGUGGACGUCAUAUUUGAGCAGGUGCAAAAUGUGCUGCUGUUGCUAAAGCAAAAGAUCAAGAAUGGAACUGCCACAAACCAAGAAUGCUGGCAGGCUUGGGUAUUGGUGAAUGAAGCUAAUCUAGGUGAUCUCUUAAACUUGAAAAAUGUAAGUGAUGUGUUUGACGGAGAUGGCAAACAGGAAACCAAACCCAAAUUGGAGUGUCUUCUUACAGAUGCGAACACUGCAAACUUUGUAGAAGGUUCUCACAGCAAAAAGGAGGAGAUGGAAAAAACAGGUUCAGGGAGUAAAGAAGCAUCUAAUAAAAUUCAAGGUUUACCUUUAAACCUGCAGUAUCAGAACCAUAAGUGCUCUAGUGCAUGUCUUGCCAACAGAGCAGCGGGCUCCUACAAGGGUGAAAAUCCUCUUAAGAUACCAAUCCUGUUUCACUUUCAAAGACGCCAUGCAAAAGCAGACUGCCUUUCAAAAUCACUGGAUGUGAAUUAUAAAGCUCCUUGUGGCCGAAGUCUGAGAAGCUUCCAAGAUGUGCAAAAUUACCUGUUUGAAACAGAGUGCAAUUUCUUAUUUGUUGAUCACUUCUCCUUCAACACAUACGUACUGUUGGGCAGGAACACUGUAAAUCCCGAACCCCUCGUGUUUGAUGUUGAUAUUAGCAAUGGAGCUGAGUCUGUGCCCGUUUCCUUCUGUAAUGAUCUUGACCGCGCAAGAUUACCUUAUUUCAAAUAUCGGAGGGCAUCGUGGCCGCGUGGAUAUUAUCUCAACAAUUUCUCCAGCAUAUUUGUUGAUUCAUGUGACUGCACAGAUGGCUGCAUUGAUAGGUCAAAAUGUGCAUGCCUACAGCUAACUGCAAGAGGCUGUAGUAAAAUUUCUCUGUCUCCCAGUAGUAAAACACCCCGUGGAUACAGUUACAAAAGACUAGAGGGACCUGUUCCUAGUGGAAUUUAUGAGUGUAGUGUGUUGUGCAGGUGUGACAAGAUGAUGUGUCAGAACAGAGUUGUACAGCAUGGCAUUCAAGUCAGGUUGCAAGUGUUCAACACAGAGAAGAAAGGAUGGGGUGUCCGCUGCCUAGAUGAUAUCGACAAGGGGACAUUUGUUUGUACUUACUCAGGCAGAUUAAUGAGCAGAGCUGAAGUUCAAGUAUUGGGAGAUGGCAGCCCAGAGCUGAAAGAGGAGAGCGCUGUGAAUGACAGAUGCCAUGGCUUUUUUUCCAAAAAAAGAAAACUUGACACUGAUUGUUCAGACUCUGUGGUUGAACUAGUGCAGACUGGCAAAAAUUACAUUCUUGAGAAGCAGGAAUCUUUGUCUCAGGCUGUGGAUAAUGAAAAUAAAUCAACCCUGGUUCAUCCAAGGAAUUUAAGUAUUGCAACCUCGAGAAGGCCUGGAACUAGAACAGGUUUUUUUCAUAAUCACCACCUGAAAAUGGAAAUUGAUACACUGGUGCACAGUGCCAGCUCAGAUGAAGAUAAUAGUUCUCAGAUUCAUCAGUCAAGCAAAACAAAACUAACCAGUGGAACAAAGAAAGGAAAAGAAAAAUCCACUCAGCAGCAGAAGGAAGAACAUCCAAUGGAAAUUAGACAGACUGAGUCUGCUGACGUGAACAGUGCAGAAUGCGAAGGAAAGAGUCUGUCUCUGCAAGGUGUUGAUUGUGGCAAGUCAGGUGUGCUGGAUGACACAUGUGUUGUGGGGCCAUCCAAAAACAUGUCACUAAAAGCUGACUGCAAAGAGGAAAAUCACGGGCAGUCAAAACAAGACGCAUUUUGUGAGGAGGCUGAUGGUGACAGGACACUUCUGAAGAAUGCUAAUGAAGAAAAUAUUUAUGUACUGGAUGCCACAAAAGAAGGAAAUGUGGGUCGUUUUCUUAACCACAGCUGCUGCCCAAAUCUCUUUGCACAGAGUGUGUUUGUAGAGACUCACAACAGAAGUUUCCCAUGGGUGGCGUUCUUCACAAACAGGCAUGUGAAAGCUGGAACCGAACUCACGUGGGAUUAUGGCUAUGAAGCUGGAAGCAUGCCAGAGACAGAGAUUUCUUGUCAGUGUGGAGUUCAGAAGUGCAGGAAAAAAACCUUAUACCUUGAGUCGCUGAUGUUCAAAGAGCUUGCAGAAACAUUGCACCCUUAUGAAGGAGGAAGAGGAAAUAUCUCGGUGGUAUGUGUUGUGUUGAGAGCUGCAGAGCAACGAGCUUCUCCCAGUAUUGCUUAUGCUUUGCGGUUAGCUGGUGUGCACUCAUCAUCCGUUUACAUGGGCAGCGGGCAGCUGGAGGGGAUCAGCCUAUGUGUGAACCAUCAGGCUUACGAGCAAGGCAGCACCAGGAAAGGCCUGCAGCGAGGAACUGGCACGCCCCGCCUCAGCGCCCAGGUGUCCAAAUCGGCGGAGGGUCGAUCCGCAUCCUUCUUCCUCAAGUUCUACCGCGUGGCACUUCGUGGUCGUGGCAAGGCGGGAGCCGUUAGUGUCUUAAAAAUGACACUGCCGCUUUUAAAAUGCUGGAAGCGGCGUGUCAGUAAAGGCACCAGGAUUUCUCCCGAGCCUGUAAGAACACCAGGGACUGUAGACUCCACCUUUAGCCUCUUCCUCACGAAAUUCCCAGAGCUGGAUCCUCUGACUGGGCCUGAGCAGGGCCUAUGUAUCUGCAUCGAUUCCAGUUUUCCUGCUCUAGGUGUUUUCCGGAUAAUGGCGAAGAUGGUGAGAAGAACAUGUGCGUUUUGUUCAGACGGGGAGGCUGGUUCUGUAAUGUAUAUUGCCAAAGAGCGAAAUAUUGCAGCUCAUCAGGAUUGUCUGUUAUUUUCCUCAGGAUUUGUGGAAUCUGAAGAGUAUAACCCAGAUAAUCUGGAUAUAAGGUUUGAUGUGGCAUCAGUGUUGAAAGAACUCAAGAGAGGAAAGCGGCUGGUGUGCAACUUCUGUCGUAAGAAAGGAGCCACUGUGGGAUGUGAGGAAAGAGCCUGUCGCAGAAGUUAUCACUACUUUUGUGCACGCUGCGAUGAUGCAGCAAUAGAAACUGAUGAAGUAAAUGGAGUCUACCGAGUGUUCUGCCCAAAACAUGACCCAGGCAAUAGGACCAAUCACUAUGAUGCAGCUAAUAAGAGGAGAAGGCAUGCACUGAAAUCUUCCACCAUCAUGGAACAAAUGAGCGCAGAAGAGACAGCGGAAGAAAACAGUUUACGGAUACUAAAAAGAAAAAACAACAGGCAUAAAGUCCGAAUAGACUUUCUUAGGAAAUGCAAGCAAGCCGGGCUUCUGGAUGACAUAUUUGAAGAAAUGCUGGACACACUUCACCUGGCGCAGGAGAAACUGAUGGAUGACAACACUUCAGAAACAGAGUAUGAAGAGACGGUGAUAUCACUCUUUGACUGUGGACUGUUUGAAAAUGUACUGACAAAUAUUCAUUCAGGAACAGAGGAAAAAAUCCAGGAACUUCUGGAAAGCAGGAAAAGACUGGAUAACAAGAUUGAGCUGCUGCAGGACUUAAAAGAAGUCGUCCUUCCGGCCCAAGAGAACACCGCUAAUACAUCUAGUACAGUGUCUGACUAACCCCUCGGUCGGUCUGUAGUGGUGUCAAUAUUUAGGGUUUUCUAAUGAUAGAAACCAUAGAGCACGUCUGGUCAGUGUCAAAUUUAUCCCCCCCUUCCCCUGCCAAGAUUGGGACACAGCAAGAGCUGGAUGUUUUACUCAUUUUUAUACCUCACUGUUGCAAUAAUUUUAAGUUGUCCCUUUCUUUAAAUUUUACUAUGGAUCAGUGAGUGUUAUACACCAAACUUAGCUUUUUUUAAAGCUCAACAACACCCUCCAGUGAAGACUUUUUUCUCAAAGACACAGAAGCAUCAGCUUUUUAAAGUCAGUUUAACUGUGGGAGCCCUCUUCUGACUGUGUGCGGUAGCUGCUUCGCUGUCUGCAACUAGACAGCGGUGUUUUAAGGAUCACACGGCUGCUUUGGCUUUCCAAAGAAGAUAAAUUAGCAGAACUUGCACUCAAAGAAGCCUUCUGAAUUAUAAACAGGAGUUUGUUGGUUUUUUGUUUUAAUUAAACAAUGCUUGAUUGACUGCUUAAUGUAUAACUAGUUCUGCUGUAAUGGCAGCAAUGAAACAGUGUUUGCAGGCAGACCAGAAAUGGUUGGGCAUCGUACUCUAAACAACAUAUACAAUGUAAAAUGGAUCAGACAAUGGACCGUAUCUUCCUUUCUCCAUUAAGAAAGGCUAUGACUUCCCUGUGUUUUGUCUUAAAAAAAUUGUUUGAAUACAGAAAAGCAUUGGUUAGCUACAAAAGGGUAAGUUAACAAAAUAAAACGUU